AUGGUGACUCUGGAGGAGCGGCAGACAUUCGGAGCUCAGCCGCUGUUGCUCCUCUGCUCGCUGCCUGAGCGCGCUCCGGCUGGACUGCCGCACCGCGAUCAGAUCGGAUCCGCCGCGAUGAGCGCCUCCUUUCCGAAAUCGGAUUCCACAACCUCGUUACUAAAAUCAUCGAGGCGAUCGACACACCUCCCCGAGCAGACAUCCGAGCUACGGAGAGGUCAGCAUCACCAUCAGCACCAGCACCAGCACCACCACCGUCCCGCCGCGCUCCACGGCACCGGCGGCAAAGCCGAGGAGUCCUUCUGGUCGGCCGAGGGCGACGUCAGCGCUCGGAGACCCCUGUGCCACCCGUCCGCGGCCGGCGGCCAGGACGGGAGUAAUACCGCAGCCACUCGGGGCAAGUGCAAGCCCCAAGUCCUGCACGGCCAAGUUCAGCCGGGGCCAGACUGCGAGGCGGACCGAGGGGUGACCGAGCGGAGCCGGACUAACCCCAAGCCCUCACACCGUCACCACCACCAUCACCACCACCACCGCAGGAAGCACCACCACGGGGAGGACCAUCCAGAUGACCCCGAGCGUCCCCAUGCCGGCUGCCACACGCACACCCACAGGGUGCCCUCCCUCUCGGACAGCACCGACGACAGGGCCCCUCUGUGUGAGCCGAGGGACCGCAAGAGGGCCAGUCUGGCCAGAGGCGGCGGUCAGGCCAGCAGUCCGUCCCCGUCCUCUUGCUCCCCUGUCCCGCCGUCCAGCAGGUCGUCCCGCCGCUCCCGGAGGUCCAGCACCGCCUCCUCUGCCUCUGACAUCAAUUUAAGGAGCGUCCUCCAUUCGCUGUUCGGCCAGGUACGGCAUUCGCAUCCCCGACACCGCUCGUUCAUUUGGCAUUCACCGUGUGAGGUCUACCAGUACAGGCUGCCUCUGGAUAUUUCUCUG